CAUCGUUGCAAAUAUUCUAUUUUGGAUCCCACUGAGUCUAAUUAAUCAUCUGCAUCUGUAUGACACGACUAGACCUCGGUCCCUCUCUACUCAUCGUAGCGGUCAUAGUCACAUUAACCGAGGAGAGUUGUUUCCCAAAAGUAAGUCAUUCUGUUCGUUCAUAUGUUCUACCUUUGAAGAACCAAGGCCACAUCGGAGAUGUUCACGCGGAUAUCGAAUAUGUUAAUCACUUGAACAACUACGAAAUCCUCCCACGCCUCCAAAGCAUUGUUAACCGCGACUAUUUCCAUUACUUUGAGAUUAAUUUGGCACGAGGCUGUCCAUUUUUCUCCGAACCAGCCGGUUGUCGCACGUCAGAUUGUCAUGUGAGCAAUUGUCGUGUGGAGGAGGUGCCUGUUGGAUUGCGAACGGAAGCGAUGCUUCAUCCUUCGAAUGCGCACCACAAGUAUGAUAAGGCGUACAAUACAGGCGAAUCUGCAGCCCAUGAUGAUGUUGACUGCGAACUGGGCAAACUGGACAGCUCUCUGAGCGAGGAACGACGAACAAUCCUGGGUAACUGGACCCUACAGAUCGGNACAACUUUUGCGACAUGGACGGUCCGUAGUUCGAAUCCGACCUCUGCCUCUCGACUUCCCCUGUCUAGGCUUGGGCAACCUGGGAGCAUCCCAGCCCUCGUGUUUCAUUCGUGUGGCAUGGCAGCUAGGUACCGGAAGGAUCCAACCUCGGAAAACAUGAUUUGGGUUGAUUUGUUGAAAAACCCGGAACAGUUUACCGGUUACAAAGGAGUGUCUUCAGCCCGGAUCUGGCAUAUGAUUUACGCCGAGAAUUGCUUCAAUGAGGAUUCUUCUGGACCUCGCACGCUCGGUCCAAGUCCCGUCAAAUCAGAAACAGCUCCCUCGUUACUUCUGGGCCAUCAAUCGGAGGCCCUACGUUGUCUUGAAAAGCGCGUAUUCUACCGUAUGAUUUCUGGCCUUCACACUAGCAUCACCGUCCACCUGUGCGCCAAAUCCCCUCGCUCCGUUUUCAGUCCAACGCAACCUGGUCAACCGUUGUCCACUCUAGCAACAACUACUUGGGGUCCGAAACCAGAGGAAUUUUAUCGGCGCUUUCAUCCGGAGGUUGUGCCUGAGGGUCUUGAUCGACUGCGCAGUCUUUAUUUUGCCUAUCUGGUAGAACUGCGAGCGCUCGCCAAGGUUGCGCCCUACUUGCGCACUUUGACUUUUUACACAGGCAAUCCUGAAGCGGACGCGGACACCCAGAGGGCAAUCAAUGAUCUGCUCAAGGUUGUGGAAGCAAAAGGCAAUUUAUUUGAUGAACGUCAACUGUUUGCCGGUCAGACUGAGGAGGCCAAAACACUGAAACAUCAGAUGCGAGAGCACUUUUACAACAUCUCACGGAUUAUGGACUGUGUUGGCUGUGACAAGUGCCGUCUGUGGGGAAAACUACAGACCCUGGGAAUGGGGACAGCACUGAAGAUUCUCUUUUCCACUCCGAGUGAAACGUUCUUCGAUCCAAUCGCCUUCAACCCCGACUUCCAAUUGAGUCGACGGGAAAUUGUUGCAUUGUUCAACGCUUUUAGCCGCAAAUCUCCAUCUGACGCAUUUUUAAACAGUGAAGGAGGAGAAGUGGAGGAAAAUUGUGAUGAACACUCGCAGCGUCGAAUCACUGCUUUAGUACGCAGCUUUUUAACGAUUAUUAUUAUGGAUCAUCCUGUUGGAAUUCUCUAUCGGUGCGACGUCUCAAUUUCUGUUGGUGAACGGGUAUCAAUAAGACUGGUUAUUUCGCACUAG